AUGGCCUCACCUGAUGAACAGCAAAUAAAAAGGACUGAAAAAGUAAACAAGAUUAUUAGAGGAUCGUUGGAGAAAGAAUGCAGUCACAGGGACUGCAUGCAUCGUCUCAAAUUGUCCUUUUGGUUUGAGAUGAAUGCUAUGAGACACUGUAAUUCUGUUCCUUAUCUUGUUAUUUGUCUUGGGUGUUUAUGCUUUGGAGAGCUGUGCAUGAGCUGCACUGAGAGUGAAAGGAAUUCACUUCUCAUGUUCAAAACAGGACUUCAAGACCCUCUCCAGCUUCUAUCUUCAUGGACAGGUGAAGAUUGCUGCGCAUGGAGAGGAGUUGAAUGUAGCAACACCUCCAUGCAUGUUGUCAAGUUGGAUCUUCGGUAUCAUCAUCUUUUUCAUGGUCUUACCAAUGGUGGAAGACUUGGUGGUGAGAUCAAUCCUUCUUUGCUUGGUUUGCAGCAUUUGAAUUAUUUGGACUUGAGUUUUAACAAUUUCAGGGGAACUGAGAUACCCAGCUUCAUUGGCUCACUUUCUGGUUUGACUUACCUCAAUCUCUCUAAUGCUGGUUUCAAUGGGGGAAUUCCUCCUCAGCUUGGUAAUCUUUCAAGCUUGAGCUAUCUUGAUCUCAAUUCAUUCUAUUCCAUGUAUGCUCUGUAUUCUGGUAGUCUUCAAUGGCUUUCUUCUCUUUCUUCUCUGCAAUAUCUUGAUAUGAGUGGAGUUAAUCUUGCUAUAGUCUCUUCUGAUGAUUUGUUUCAUGCUUUUAACAUGCUGCCUGUUCUUUCAGUUUUGAUACUUCCAAAUUGCCAGCUUCAUUUGCUGUCACCUUCUUCUCAUUCAUUUCUUAAUCUCAGUAGGAGUUCUUUGACUAGUAUUGAUCUUAGUAACAAUCAAAUCAACUCCACAUUCCCUUUCUGGUUAACUAAUUGCAGCAGACUUGUUCAUCUUGAUCUCUGGCUCAAUCAUUUCCAUGGGGUGAUACCUGAAGCCAUUGGCAACAUGAAAUCUCUUGAGGUUAUUCAGCUUGGACUCAAUGACUUUGUGGGGCCAUUACCAACAAGCAUCAGAGACCUCUGCAACUUGCAUACGUUGGAUAUCUCAUUCAACAAUCUCGGUGAAGAGACGAGCACACUGUCAAGAAUUUUCUCUGGAUGUGCUGGUAAUACCAUUGAGACAUUAAACUUGAGAAACAGUAACUUGAGAGGGGAGUUAUCAGGCUGGUUGGGAAAGCUCAAAGGUAUAACCAUUCUUGAUCUUGGCAACAACUCGCUUUAUGGACCGAUUCCUGCAUCAAUUGGAAACUUAUCGAAUUUGAGAAUCUUAUAUCUCACUUACAAUGGCCUGAAUGGAACUCUGCCAGAGAGCAUUGGACAACUUUCAGAAUUAAAAGUUCUUGAAAUUACUUGUAAUUCACUUACUGGUGUUAUAUCUGAAGCACACUUUGCCAACCUCUCAAGUCUGGAGUCUGUGAGUAUGAGUUCCAAUUCAUUGGUUGUAAACAUCAGCAGAGACUGGCUUCCUCCUUUCCGUCUCAUAGCAAUUUCUUUCGGAUCAGUGUUAUCUGGGGCCAAGAUUUCCAGAAUGGCUCAGAACACAGAAAGAUUUUUACAUGCUAAAUUUGCCAAAUACUGGAAUUACAGGAACCUUUUUGGUAAGAUUGGAAUCUUUAAUUUGAGAUCAAACAAAUUUAAGGGUCCAUUACCUCCUUUGCCAUUAGAUGCUAUAUAUGUCGAUUUAUCAGAUAAUUCAUUUUCAGUAUGUAAGUUUCGGCGUUUACAAGUUAUUGAUAUCUCCAGCAACUCCAUCUUUGGUGAGCUGCCUACAUGUUGGGAAAAUUUACCUGCACUGGAAGCUUUAAAUCUGGAAAAUAAUAGUCUAACUGGAGAGAUUCCUAGCAGCAUUGGUUCCCUGAAAUUUAUGCAAACCUUGCUGAGAAUAACUUGUCAGGAGUUAUAUCCAAAGCUUUUCAGCAACUUUACUGCAAUGAAACUUGCAAAUGAGGGAAGACAAAGCAUAAUGGAUGGGUUUCGAAGUCAAGUGAUCACUAGUUUGGGCAAUUAUAGCCGUAUAGGCUACGCAGAUAGCUUGUCAGUAGUCACAAAAGGAAGGGAACUCAAAUACAGUAACACACUGCAGUUUGUGGCAAGUAUUGACCUUUCGAGUAAUUGGCUUUCAGGAGAAAUACCAGAGCAAUUAGGCAAUCUUCAGGGAAUACAAAAUCUGAACUUGUCUGGAAAUCAUUUGGCCGGUAGGAUUCCUGAGUCCAUCAAUGGCUUGAAAUCAUUGGAAUCACUUGAUUUAUCGAGAAAUGAACUUGUUGGUGAGAUUCCUUCAAGCAUUGCUGCUCUAACUUCAUUGAGUCACUUGAAUCUUUCAUACAACAACUUGUCGGGUAGAAUUCCAUCGGGUAGUCAGCUCCAGACUUUCAAUGAUCCUUCCACAUACAUUGGUAAUUAUAACCUUUGUGGCCCUCCAUUGACAGUAAAAUGUGGCGAUGUUAAUGAAACAAUUGUUCUUAGUAAAGAAGGUGAUGAUGCUAAUGAGUCUGAAAUGUCAUGGUUAUACUUUGGCGGUGCCGUGGGCUACGUGAUGGGGUUGUGGACUGUAUGUGUUACUCUGCUAAUCAGUGAGGCUUGGAGGAAUUCGUAUUUCAGUCUGGUCGAUUACAUUAACAAAAAGUUUGCUGCUUUGACCUCAAUAAAUUGUUCAAGAAAUAACAAAGUCGAAGAUGAAACAAAUGGCGGAAGUUGCUGAAAUUUUGCUUCUUCAUGGAACAAGAGAAAACAAUGUACAAAGUUGUAUACAUUGCUGUAGUUACAAACUGAUUUGUAAUAUAGGCUGUGAAAUAGAUG